CUGUUGCAGACUGUUGAAACUUCGACGAGUGUUUGUCCAUAUCAUCCGGGAGUUGACAAGGCUGGGUUUUCUUACAUCUUCUGUUCUCAAGCAGUAUCGGGUGGUGUUCUACGGAAGUGCUUCAAUUUGAACUGUGGUGGAGUUCUACGACUUGUUUGAGUAUAUAUCCUAUCAGCCUUGUGGGGCUGGAUCGCUCCGCCUACCCUUCAGUAUUCAGCGUGUGGUACAGUAUACGCCAGUCUUCGAUGACAACCCACGGGUCGAUUCUGUUUGUCGACGCAUAUGAUUCAUUUGCAGAGAACAUAACCGCCUUGCUUCGCCAGCAUCUCCACGUUGAAGUCACCUUGAUCCAGAUAGACUGUGAUAUAACAGCACAGUACGGCCAGUCGUAUCAAGAUUUCUUUUCGUGCUUCGAUGCCAUUGUUCUAGGGCCGGGGCCAGGGUGUCCGCAGAAAGACACAGACGUUGGCCUCUUCCUCAGAGUCUGGGAAUAUGCUACCAGAGACAAUAUCCCGGUGUUGGGCAUUUGCCUAGGAUUUCAAAGUCUAUGCACUCAGUAUGGAGUGCCCGUGGUUCGCAUGGAUCUGCCGUGCCAUGGCCACGCGAAGCAGGUGAUUCAUUGCAACAAAGACAUCUUCUCCGACAUCGGGACAGUCAUAGCGACAAACUACAACAGUCUUGGGGUACGGGUCAAAGAUUUCAAUUGUGACAACGGCUACAGUCGACCCAGCUCGUCCGGAUCUCAGGCCAGCUUUUCAUCGUUGCAAAGCCUUCAGUCUUCAGCCUCGACAGUGUCAAGACUAUCCGCAGAAAGAGCACUGUAUCGGCCCAAAGAUAGUCUCGAGAUUCUGGCAUGGGACUCGGACGGUUGGGUAAUGGCCGUCAAACACAAGCAUUAUCCGUACCAUGGUCUCCAGUUUCAUCCAGAAUCCUGCAAAUCGAACGACGAAUGCGUUCGGAUCCUCCAGAGAUGGUGGCAGAGUUCGAGUGCGCCCAAUGCACGUUCGUCCCGGCCACCUCUAAAGUCGACGGAUGGCUUGUUCUAUGAGAAGCCUCCGAUGCAUUUGAAAGCGGACAGUCGUGACUCUACGCCGCUACUCAAGAGACUGACCGAACUAUGUAGUCCUUGUGACCCCAACGUGUCCUUCUUGACCCUCCCGCUGCCCUGGGGAGCCGGAACAAUAUCCUCCUUGUGUCGGGACAUGGCCCCUUCAGGCUCUGUUGUCAUGCUGGAAUCCACCAAGAGAGGACGGUAUAGCAUCUACGCAUUCCCUGACGAGUCAAACUUCCACAUCGAAUACGCCAAAGGCCAAUGCACAAUCCGGCAGGGCGGUCGUUGCAUUGCCACGCUCCAGCUUGAUCGAGAAGAGGUCAUGCAAGCUCUCGAGUCCUUCACCUGCAGCAAAAAGCCGAAAAACAAAGAUGGCCAGACUACACCCUUUCGCGCCGGCUUCGUGGGGUUUUUGUCCUAUGAGUUCGGCACGGCGUCGUUGAAUCCGGACGAACGUCCGCUGCCAGGUGCCGAACUCUUGACACCGGACGUAAGUUUACUCUGGGUCGAUCGCAGCGUUGUGUUCGACCAUGUCACAGGAGAAGUACAUGUACAAUCGAUCAGGGAGGGCGACAAUGCCUGGGUGCAAGAAACGGCACAAAGACUUGAAGCUGCCGCUCCACCCGAGUCGACAGCUACUGCAAGAGACACCAAACUCCUCCAGGCAAUUCUAUCCGAUGCCACCUGGACAAUGCCAGACCAUGACAAGUAUAUUUCGCAGAUCCGAGCAUGUCAAGCCGAACUGCAGGCCGGCAACUCAUACGAGCUGUGCCUGACAACCGAAGCGAACAUCACCACCCCUUCUGCUGGACACGACAUUUCGUGGCUUUUAUACCAAAACAUUCAGCAACACAAUCCGGUCCCCUUCGCUGCAUAUCUGCAUCUGAACAAAACGACCAUUCUGUCCUCGUCGCCCGAACAAUUCCUGUCAUGGUCAUCACGUCAAGGCACGAUCGACAUGAUCCCAAUGAAAGGGACUGUCAAGAAGACGGCCGACAUGACCCUUGAAAAAGCCAGUGCUAUCCUGGCGUCUGCGAAAGAAAGCGCCGAGAACCUAAUGAUCGCCGAUCUGAUCCGACACGACUUGUACGGCACAGUAGGCCGGGACGCGGUCGUCGAGGUCGUCAAGCUGUGCGAUGUCGUCGAGACAGAAACGGUAUUCGCACUGGUGUCGCAUAUCCGCGCACAUGUACCUCGUGGUGGUGGUGGUGCUGUAGCUGCAGCCGCCGAUCCGACGCACACCCCCAACGACCACUUCGAGCAAGAGAUGACCAGAUACGGCAUCAGGGCCCUCAGCCACACCCUUCCUCCCGGCAGCAUGACCGGCGCGCCGAAGAAGCGGUCGUGUCAAAUCCUCCAUCAACUCGAGCAGCGCGACAGAGGCGUCUACUCUGGAGCCAUUGGCUAUAUCGACGUCAACGGUAACGGUGCCUGGUCCGUAUGUAUCCGAACAGCAUUUUGUAACGACCAAGAGACGACCACGACGAUGAAGGAAACUCCACCUCUCCACAGUCAGUCAUCAUCAAAUAAUAAUAUCCCAGAACCAGAGGCCAGGGCCAAAGGACAGCAACACUGGCGUAUAGGAGCCGGCGGCGCCAUCACCGUCCUCAGCGACCCAGAGCAGGAAUGGGAGGAGAUGAUGACCAAGCUGGAGAGCGUGACCAGGGGGUUUCGACUCGACUGAGCUCGAAUAUCAGUGAUCAUCACACUCCUUUGACCUUUUAUUUGCCGAGAGGUGAUAUGUGUUAUUUAGUAUGUAAUCCUAUAGAACUUGGCGAGGGAACAACUAGGUAUCUACAUCCAUAUUAUUCUUGAAUCAACUACAACUGUGGGGGUCAGUUGAGACACCUGAAUUCAACACUACAGCGAGAGGGUAGUAUCUAUUGUCUGCAAAAUUAUAAGGUUUCGUUUCGCCUCACUGUUGUAUUCCUAGUUAGAUGCAAGAAAAAAUAAUCACACCC